AACUGUACAGGACCUUUCGCGACCUCGAUACCUAGCAUCGUCAUUUAAGUCCCACUAGGACUUCAACCCUUAAGAUACUAGUUAUGUAUUCAUAGCUAAUAUUCAACGCCUCAAUGCGCUUCCACCGCGUGCAAUUCUCAACCACCUAGUACUAAUAUCUCGACAUCUGAGUCAUCUCCGAAGCACCAUCCAAAAUGGACGACGAAACCUCCCUUCUCAAGACCCAGCUCUACGCUGCAUGCGAAGACGCGUGCAGCGGGGACCCCAAUAGGUUAUUCUCUCAGGAAGACCUGAUGGCUCUCGGCGUCGUCCCGCCGAAAGAUGUCAAGAAGCUAUUGCAGAUCGUCCAACUUCUGACCAGGGAGCGGCUAUUCGCCCCCGUCCAUUUCCACAGCGGCUUAGCAUGGCGAGUCCGUCCCGAAGCCGAAGCAGUCAAAUACAAAUCCCUAACCUCCGAGGACCAAGUCCUCGUCUACGAAAUCAUCGACUCGGCGGGCCAAGAAGGCGCGUGGCAGCAAGAAAUCAAGAAGCGCCUCAACCUCCAAGACAAUGCCUUGCGCAAAGCUCUCAAGGAGCUGGAAGCUAAGCGCUUCAUCCAGCAAUUUACAACCGUCGAGAACACGUCCAAGAAGAUGUGGAUCAAGUUCAACCUUCAGCCCUCGGCUCGCGCGACUGGGGGUCCGUGGUAUACCGAUCAGUAUUUGGACGAGGCCUUCAUUGACGUGCUGCAGACGGUGGUGGUGCGCAUCAUCAAAGAGAGGGGCAGCUACAGGAGCACCGGCGAACGAAAACCCGGAAGCGUCAGCCCCGUCAUGCCAAAAAAAGGGGUCAUCAGGGGCGGACUAUCCGAGGCCGCGAUAAAAAGCAAGAAGCGAACCGCUGACGCUAUGUCCCGAGACGACGCCGCCGCCGCUCCCGCUCCGGCCCCUGCCUACAAGGUUCGCGGAACCGUCCGUCUCCCCUUGCCCGCGGGUUAUACCGGGUACCCGACGGCCGAGGAGAUUACCGCGGAAAUCAUCCAGAAGCAGGUGGCGAAAGGGCAGCCGUUGAAGACGGAGCACGUCCAGGAACUGAUCGAUAUCCUCGUCUGGGAGAACCGGAUCGAGGCGGUCAAGAUGGGCGAACGGGUCGGCUACAGGGCCGUGCGCAUUUCGAAGCAUAAUCCGGAGAUGGCCAAGCUGGACAGCGAGGAUUUCUGGGAACCGAGGACUAAUGGUUUGACGACAGUACCUUGCGGCCAGUGCCCCGUCUUCGAGCUUUGCGAGGAGGGCGGCCCUGUAUGGGCCGGAGGAUGUGAGUACUUUGAUAAGUGGCUAGCAUGAUUCGAUGGCGUAUGAUAGGAUUGGUGGGUACUUUUGUUCUUUAUUGCGUGGCCCUUUUUGUUCCUUGGCUUGGAAGUGGCCAAGGCUAUUAUCAUUGCAUGGCAUGGCGUUCGAUGGAAAAGAGGCUUGAUAUUAUAGGCAAACAGAAUUCGAGAGUGUUCAUCCCCAUCACAUUGAGACCUUACCAAAACUCGGGGAUGCAAUUUCAUAACUACCUCGAUAUCCUUGAAUGGCCUCCUAAGCUUAGGUACCUUCUAUCAAAUUUCACUUGGUCAAACUAUAAUACUUCACUCCCAGAUGGAGUGUACUUUGCAGGAAUGUGCGACUAGCACUGUACUAGUAUUUAAGAUAUCUAUACUGAGAUCCAAGCUCAAAAGCUUC